UCUAGAGCUACUGCCCUGUAUGCCGAUAUUAAAAGGAGCCUCUUCGUGAUUGGUUUGCCUGUAACGUUCUCCCGCUACACUCCCCUUUAGAAAUUGCCACCCCUUUAACUGGUGUGUACUUGUGCUAACGGAAUUGUGGGAGGUUUUGGUUUGUGCUUGCCUGCCGCGUUCAUAAUGGCAUCCAGUCUGCAGCUGCUUCGUUGGAGACAGCGAAAGAGCAGACAGAUUGCCUGUACCACCCUCACCAACAGAGCUACGGGCAAACUGAAAAACCAUCUGAGGUAGAAGCCGCGGCGAAACCACCAUCUGUCUUCUCAAUGUCUUCAUCAACUUGACAAAGAGUGGAAACCCGGGCAGCAGCGGCAGAAACAUGAAGGAUUACUCUAUCAACCUUUCCGUGCAGCAAGUCCUCAGCCUGUGGGUCCACGGGACCGUCCUCGAGCACUUCACAGAGAUGUGGUACUGGGUGUUCCUGUGGGCUCUCUUCUCCUCACUGUUCGUCCACGGGGCAGUUGGGCUCCUCAUGCUCGUCAUGAUGCAGAGACACAAGCAAGGGAGGCUCAUCAGCUUCAUUCUGGUCAGCGUUGGAUUCCUGGCCUCUGGCACUGGGGGAAUGAUAACCAGUGCAGCAGUGGCGGGUGUGUACCGGGUUGCAGGCAAGAACAUGGCCCCCUUGGAAGCCUUGGUGUUUGGGGUGGGACAGACCGUGCUCGCUGUCAUCAUCUCAAUCUCAAGGAUUCUCGCCACACUUUGAAUAUUGCAGUGUGUGUGGAAGAAGUAGUGAAUGCAAAAAAUAAAUAACAAGAACAAAACUGAAGGUCUUUGAUUUGGAACCCGCAGGAGACAGAAGGGGCCAAUAAUCCGCACUGAGUGGCUGCCAGGUCCAGUUAAUUCAGUGCCGCCUGUGUUCAAGCUGUUGCACUACUGCACCUUAUGUGCCUCAGUCACUGUUGCAGCAUCGUGAAGCCUUGUGAUAAAGCACCUUGUACAUCUAACAAUCAGGUUGAGCUUUGCUGACAGAUGAGGACAUUACCUGCUGUAGGUGAUGGGUCUGUAUACACAGAAUUCAAGAACUGUUCUCUGAAUCCGUAUUAAAUGUGCCAAACGUGACUUUUUAAACUGUAAAUAAAAUGAGCUAUCUUAUAAGAAAGCUAAAAUGAAGUGCUAUGAAAUGCCAUUUUUGAUUUAAUUCAAUAUUUUUCCUACUGCAUAAUAAGGGGUGUGUAACUGGAUUUGAGCAAGUGUGAUGGGUAUGCUUAUUUUGUUUUUUUUAACCCUGAAAAACUGUUUUCCAUGCAUAUACAUUAUCAGUUAAAACAGAGAUCACUAGUUGCCCUUUUAUAAAAGAUGAAGUAACUUGAAGCAUAUUUUGUUACACUUCCCAUGGACAAAUAUGAUAAUAUUAUAUAUAAUUUUUUUAAUUAUUUCCUACUGCUUUUGAAAGGUCAUAACAUUGAUUUUAUUUUUUGUCUGCAUUUAACUUUCCUUUGCUAGGCGAUGUCUUCUGUGUUUGAGGCUCAAGAUAUAUGCUCAAGACCAAAAACACUGAAAUCAAAAAGUUUAUAAACUGGAAAUUCCCAAAGAAGAUAUAUUUUUUUCAAAUAAUCUGCAUUGUUGGAGCAUAACAACAUGUAUUCAACAACUCAAACCGUUGUUAUUGUCAAUUUCUUUUUAAUGCACAUAAAUCAAACUAAGGCAUGUUCUGCUUGAAUAGAAUUGACAUCAAGGGCUUUUCAUUAAUCUGUUCUGGUACCAAAUUAAAAUGAGUUAUGCCAUUUAACGUCUAGCCAGAACCACAACACAAAAUCAUAAUGCUAGAAAGAAAGAGUUUUUAGAAAUGUGGUUGUGGCCAAAAGUACUGGGAUAUAUUGCUUAGAUUCCAGAAGGGUAAGCGAAAUCUGUAAAGCAGAGUAAUACUAUAAGCUUGAAACUGCCAGGACAGAUGGAAAUUACCAUUUGAAGUGCAAGCAAAUGAGAAACUUUAGAACCUUGCAAUAAGCAGUGAAAAGGAGGACAUGACAGGAUAGUAUAAUUAAUUUAUUGAGGAAAUUCUGAGUGGGAGACCCAUGGAAUCCAGCUGUUGCUGACUGUGGGGAAAGACAGAGACCAACAUCUAUUGGAAUCGGUGAGCCCCUUUCCUUGAUGCAUUUUAUACCUGCAGCUCUAAUCUAGCUUUAAAGAGAAUCAAAUCUGGCAAAAAUGUGGUCCUCGGUAAACAAAGAGGCUAGAGGGAGAGGUAUAGAAAUACUGUGUAUCUCUGAAGAAAAAUGAUAAAUUGCUAACUGUUGUGGAAGAGUAGUAAUUUAAUUCAUGAUCGAUUUUGCCAAUUUUAUUUUUUCCAAAUAUUACACAAUCCAUUUGCAAAUUAAAAGUAAUAAAAAAAUCAAUAAAUGAAUGAUAACAGGAGGAUUACAUUGGCUUUUUCGUGGGAAUGUGAAGGAAAGAACUUUUACUUCUAAAUAGUGUAAUUUGUGAAGGCACAGGCAAAAUUGAACGUAAUUGUGUGUGACUGCCACUUUUUUAGGGUGGUAUGUUUUACCUUCACUAUUAACUACAGUAAAGGGGGUACUCUGCUCAAUAUAUAGUUUUGGAAUCCAUUUACUUUGUGCUUACUCUAAUGCUAUUCCAGAUAAAAUCUGCUAGUUUAAUUUAUGCAUUCUUCUGGUUUUGUUGCGGAGGGAAACAAGUACACCAGAAAGGUUUAAAACAAAUAAUAAAGACGGAUAUAAUAUCUAACCUAUUUGAAACUGAAGCCAGUGUAAAUGUAUUUUUAGAGAAAAGUAUUGCUUGCAAAAGUUUCAGUAUGGUUUUCUCUGAUAGAUUAAUUAAAAGUUCAACGUUACUUUGUGCUUUGCAUUUCCAAAUCAAAACUUGUGUGCAGUUAUUUAGUUUUUUUUUUCUCUCUCAACGGCACCUGCAAAAAGCAUCAUAACUAGCAUAAACUGUUUUGAUAAUGUGUUUUCUAUUUAAUUCAAAGAGGAACAUUGUGAAUCUGCUUUUAAGCCAAAUGAGGAACUCUGGUAUCAACUUUUAUCUGUUUUCAAAGGUUGUUAAACUGCUUGUUUGGUUGGUUGGUUCUUCUCUGAUCAAAUUAUUUGUCCACUGGGUGGCAGCAUAUUGCAAUAAAUGAAACCAUGCCAUGUGCCAUGAAUUUGCAAGAAACAGUUUGCUAUGUGAAAGGAGUACUUUAAAUUGUACUUUUGCUAGUUCAAUAGUUACAAUUGUUGUAUUCCUCUGAAAAUGUGCCUUUUGCACUUGCACUUCAAAACAGGACUCCACUCCAUUUAGAGAGAGCUGGCCCUGAAGAGAAAUUAGACGAGAACAAGACAUUCAAUUAUAACACUGUAAAUGCCUCGUCUUUAGGAUGUUUCAUCUCCUGUUUAACAUAUCACAAUUAUUAGAAUCAGUGUAGUGUGGCUUAAUGCUAGUUCAGUGAUGUAAUACUGCAUGACCUAAAGUUGCCAGAAAUCCAGUUGUAUUCUUUCUAAAACCACCAGAUCAUGUACUGUAGUCAUUAUUGUGAAUGUGUCUGAAUAGGAGCCUGCACCUUGUGGAUUAGCUGCUGAUGUCUUAUUUUAGAGAUCAAGUGUACUGCAGCAUGGGCUUUUUUUGGACAGAGUAUUUAUUUAUUUUUUUUGUACAUAGUAUGCGUGUGUUUUUUGGAGUGCAAAGGUACUAGGUCUAAAAUACUUCCUUUUUUUUUAUAAAGGAUGGGCUUCAAUGCAUUUCUGUACAUGCUCCUUCUCAUAAUUAAGUUCAGUAACUGUACUAUUUAAUAGACCUAAAAAAAACAGUUAUGGCACAACCCCAAUAAACAACCAAGUUAUUUUGGUUUUAUAUUUUUUUCUCACUGCUUAUUCAAGGAUUGAUUGGAUCAAACACAAAUGGCACGGAACAAAGCUUUGUAUCUGGCAAAAGCUUUCUUUGUGUUUGUUGUUUUGUGUUGUAUGUGGAUGAUGUUGUAUAAGUGUUCCUUUUUUAACAGGGAUAUGUGUGUUUUUAUUAGUGAAUAAGUGAAAUGAACAGUUUGUGUUUAAUUGUUAGCAUGCAAUGUGUUGCAUUACAUCAUAAUAUUACUGCGAGUGCAAUAUUUACAUCUUAUUUUUUUUUUAAUGCAACUGUGUUAUUGUACAUGUGAUUUUUAUGUACAAGGGUUAAGCCAUUCUUUAUGUUGUCUUCAUGAUGAGUGAGUAGAAAAGUGGAAUGGAAUUGCAAAGUCCUCAGUGAUCCAGCUAAAUCAACUUGGUUGCCAGGACUUUGUCGGCAUUCUUUCUAAAUAUUAUGAAUGACCCUUUGAGACGGAUGAUCUCUCUUCAUAAGAGAAAAUAAGAGCUCCCCGCUGCAUAUCUCGCAGUUAUACGUACAGUAAUGCAUCUCUCCCUUGGUUAGCCUGUCAGUUUUAUAGCUAAACUACAUACUACUUGAGAACAGAACUCUGUUUUGCUCUUUUUCACCAACAGGUGUCGCCAGAUUCAUAGUAUUUUCCAGUAUACCAAGAACAGCAGAUUUGGUAAACACAAUGACCUUUUAUUUACUUUCCAUUUCCCUCUGUACAAAAUGUAUCCCUGUUAUGUUUUUUGUUAGCAUUAUAAAACUAGGAAGAAAAAACAAAACAAAGAAGGGUAGGUUCAUUUUAAUGCUUCAAAGUUAUUUCUUGCUGGCUUUAAGUCAUGUGGUGGUGUGUUUUUUUUUUUUUUUUGUGUGUUUUUUUUUAAUUGACCAUAUUUUGCAAUGGUGCAAAUCCUAAUGAACGUUCUGCAAAUUGUCUUCAGGAUGUAAAUCCAAAUUAAGUCGGACUUAUAAAUGUGUGAUUUAUUAUUAUUUGUUUAAUUGAGUUCUUUGACCCAUUGAAAAUAAAGUGCAAUCUGUAUUGCUCUUUUCAAUGCUGAUAGAUGGUAGAACCACAUUUUAUUUGUUUUGCAUACAGCUCUGUAAAUAUUUCCUGGGAACAGAUUUGUGCGAUUCAAUACAUCUAUCCAGAUCUCCUGAUUUUUUUUUUAAUUUAUUUUUUUUAAAUUGGGUGAACCAUUUUCAUCAUGACACUGCCUCUUCAAUCAGUAACUGGAAACCAAUAGCCAAUUAAAAAAAUGUUUUGAAUGUGUUUUUUUAUUUAUUUUUUUAUUUUUAUAUAUUUUUUUGUCAAUCACUAUUUUAGGAGAUUACGAUCAAUAGAAAGAUGCAGAGGCUGCAUUUCUCCAAACCCUUCUUUUGAUCAAGUUAUUUAUCAAGAAAAUAAGCUGCUGUUCAUGCAAACACCACCUAGUAUUUUUGUAUGUGUUUUAGCUGUUUUACUUUACUUGACAUAAAUUGUGGCUUAACUAAAACUUGAUGUGCAAGCCUAUGUAUAUGUAUUGCAUGUUUACACAAUACACACCCCUGCUUCAGCUGUGAGCUGACUUACUGUAUCUUACACCUCUACCUAACUGUGAAAUACUGGCUGUAUAUAUUGUAGACUAUGGUUUUAAAUUUUGUACAAGCAACUGUCGUUUUAUAAUUUCCCUAUUUAUGUAAAAAUCCCAUUCUGUAUAUACUGUAGCUUGAAAUGAAAUUUUACAAUGAAAAAUUCUACUACUGUCUUUCUG